CCUGGGGAGCCGGCCGGCGAUCAUGUGACCCCCCGGCCUGUCCAAGAUGGCGUCCUCCAUAGUGGCGGGGGAGCGGCUGGUGCGGGCGGCGGCCUCCGCCAGCGGGGAGCUCGGGCGGCUUCCCCGCGAGCUGCGGGCGGAGCUGCAGGCCGCUUUGGGGGCCCAGGCCGCCGGGCGCGGCCCCCUCGUCCCCUUCAGCCUGCUCCGGAAGCUGCAGGGCGCCCUGCGCCAGGCGGGUUCUCCUGUGUAUCUCCAUGAGCUACUGGAAGGCAGCGAGAUCUAUCUCCCUGAAGUAGAGAAACCUCCAAGGAACCCAGAGCUGGUGGCCCGUCUGGAGAAGAUAAAGGCUAAGCUAGCCAAUGAGGAAUACAAGCGGAUAACAAGAAACAUCAACUGCCAGGAACUGAACCGGUACGGGGCUCUGGCUGACUUGGGAAGGCAAGUUAGGUCCAUGAAAGCCGUGGUCAUCACCAUAUUCAACUUCAUUGUCACAGUGGUGGCUGCAUUUGCCUGCACAUACCUGGGCAGCCAGUACAUCUUCACAGAAAUGGCAGCGCGUGUGCUGUCGGCUGUGAUCGUGGCCUCAGUGGUGGGCUUGGCUGAACUGUAUGUGAUGGUGCGGACCAUGGAAGGGGAGCUCGGAGGACUGUAGUCAGGAGGCUUUCACUUAGACUGGGAUCCUUACCCUGCAGGACUUUUCCUCCCCUGUGGGUUAUUAAUUUGUCGACAGCUGUGUUUGGCUUUGGUCCAUUGGGUCCCUGUGCCUACUGCAGUUUCCUCACACCAUGUUCCUUACUCCGGCCGCAUCUGAAACGAAUCACCAGAUGCACUGAAUGGGGACCUUGUGGCAUGGAACAGAAAAGUCAGCAGCCGUGGGAGGUUUCAAAUCCAUGAAAGGCACAGGGGGAGUGGGGGGCUUAUUGCUGCCUCGUCUUCUAGCUCUGAAGUUGCUGUCCCUUGUUCAAAAUAAAUGGGUUCUGUGUGCAUUAGAA